AUGGGUUAUGGAGUAUUCCUAUGUAGACGCAUGUCCUCUUCUUCUCCUUCUUCUUCUAAAGCUGAAGAAUCGUUCAGAAAGAUUGAUGCUUUUGGAAAUGUUGCUGAGGAACUUGUCCCUGAGAAAUCUGUAGAAGCAAUGGCCACUAAAGUCUCUGUUAUCGAUGAGUGUACUACUACAGCAAUUGAAAACUUCUCUUCCCCUGAGGGCUACGUGUACUAUGUGAUUAAUGGAAUCCAUGAGCUUACCGGCUUCAACUGGUGGAUGUCAAUUGUUGUAACUGCUUUUCUGGUUAAUGGACUCAUGUCACCACUCACUCUGCUGAUUCAGAGACAAGCUUGGGAGCUACAAAUUUAUGGAAAAAGCAUUAAGGAGGUGAUGAGAGUGAUACAAACUUGUGAUCCUAAAGCUCUGCCUAAAUACAAAAAAUGGGAAGCAGAUUGGAUGGAAAAGUUCGCAGAACGUUGCUUGUCUUUCCUGCCACUAGUCUUUCUUCAUACAUUCAUCACCAUCAGCUUCUGCAAUGGGAUCAGUGCCAUGGCCAAGAAAAUCCCUCAUCUUUCAAUUCCAGACAGCCUCUACGUCUUGCUUCUGGUGACAAGCUUAACUUUCUGGUUGACAUCACAGAUCCCGCCCACAAACAGGACAAAUGUUUUAUCAAGAAUGAAGAAACUCCCUUUGGUUCUCAUCCUCUGCAUCGCCUUCCAAGCUGUGUAUCAAUUUGAACCGGCAGUGUACAUUUACAUGAUCCCAUCUAGGAUAUAUAUCUAUGCACUAUUCCUAAUGAUGAGACCGAGGCAGAUAAUAAAGCUGAGAAGGGGACUGGGGUGGCCAGUGACGGCCUCAGAGCAGGAAAGGAUCAUGGCAAGAGUGAUGAGUCUUUUGAGAGAAUUGACUGACGUGUUGAAGAAGAAAGACAAGAACUGA